UUGUUAAGAUGACACAUAUACUAGAAGAAGACCAGAUGACUGAGAAUUUGAAGGUCGGAGGACGUCGUGAGUACGCACGGGGAAGGGCAACCUAAACAGUCUGACGGUCGUAAGAUGUAGCGUUAUACUCUCCGGUCAACGGAAGGUUUGAUAACCGAACAGACGACGUUGAACUGACUCCUGACUAUCAGUGACAUGCCCAGAUUUAAGGGACAACAACAGCACCACGAAACUUGCCGACAUCUGGCGGUGGAAGAUGUCAUGGUAGCAGACGAAUUAGGACUAGGAAUGAGUUCAGCAGACCUUUACAACAGGAAUGUCGAAGGAGAUUUCUUGGACCUUGAAGCUGCCAUUUUCUGUGACAUUGAAGAGGAGAAGACAUGUAAGCAGAGAGUACAGCAGCUUCUAGACGGUCCAGCCACCCAGAUUACUAUUGUGCUGACAUCAUGGCUGCUUUCACAUGUGCUGCUUUUGGAGCUGUUGGUAGAUCUAAGUGCCAUACAUUUUCACCAUGACAAAAUGGUUGCCAGGAUUAUCCACUGGGUGGGACUAGGUGUGCUGUCUGUAUUUACUGUAGAGGUGCUGACAAGGCUGGUAUGUCAUCAGAUGCAGUUUUUUGACAAGAAAAUUGAGGUGCUGGACUUGGCGGUUGUCAUCAUAGCCUGUGUCCCCAUGAUUGUCGUGUCUGUUGAGCUGGCGCCGUCUACUGCGUGGGACGGUUUCAGCCUCGUCAUCAUCCUGAGGAUAUGGCGAUGCUACCGAGUGGUACAAGGCUGUGUGUCUCCAGUGCGGGAGGAGGCCAGCAGGAAGGUCCAUGUGCUGCUGCAGGCCCAGAGGAGAGCUCACCAGGAGCUGCAAACUCUGUACCUGAUGCAUGAUGAGAACCAGGAGGAGAUCCACAGGUUGCGGUUGUUGUUAGGAAGACGAGAGGCUGAGGAGGACAAUGUGAGUCAGCAGCUGCAGGUGGCCCUGGAGAGGAAAGACUCUCAGUAUGUGGCACAGCUCAUCCACACCAUCGAGCAGAGACAGGGCAGGAACAAGGGCAGACAGAGAGAUGGUGGCAGAGACUCUCCCUACUCUACCAUCGUGGUGCACGCCCACCAACUGUCUGACUCUAACGACGUACCGUCCGGAACCAUCGCCAGUCGUCUGUCCGAGAGCACCACCGGAGACAGCGGGAUCUGCGAGGAAACCAGGCCACAGCAGCAAACCAACGAUGAGUCAAGGAAUCACGCAAACUCCAGCGGUGUCACGCAACUUCCAAAAUGUGGCCAGCAGGCACUUACCGUGGUAGAACCCAGAGGGAGUCAUCAACAGCACAGCAACAGAAGUCCAUGUAGUAACAGUAAACGCAAUCCCGCCGUGAGCAGCUGCGACAUGGAUCGUAUAGACGUCAUCGGGAGUGAGAUCAUUUUGCAGCACAGGAACGACAGCACGGGCAAGAAGUUCCUCGACGGAAAGCUUCCUUCUAACAAAGACAGCAGACUUCUGUUCAGAGACAAUAAAUCUAUGCCUAGCAACGGAAAAGUGUCUCACAGCAAGAACAAAGUCAGUGAAAUAAAGGUUAACAAAUCAUUGGACGAUGAUCAUAAAAAAGCUGUAUCAAUGGAUAACAAAACGGUUUCUAAAAACAACACAGCUACUGCACAGACCAAUGGCAAAGUCAGAAAGGGAAAGAAGAAAGCUGGCAGUGGGGAUAGUUAUGUUAAUGGUGCCCUCUUGCUGGAGAUGACAGAACUGCAGCAGAAAGGUGACACUGGGUACUGCAAUGAAAUAGUCAUAGAACAGUUCUAUCAGAAUGGAAAUGCUCCAGCAACUGCACUCUAGCUAUGGUGAAAAUAAAGCAUAUCACUGAACCCUGGAAGCAGAUGUGAGGGAACUGAUGACUUGGAAAUGCUGCUUAUGAGUGUUUCAAGGCCUGGUUUUCUGUAGGUUUGCAAUGCAAAUUGAGGACAUCCUUCUUGACAGUCAGUUUUAUCAUACGAAGCCUUGUU